GGUUUCUUGUCCAUUCCGCCAAUCAAGUUCCGAUUUCAAUGGAUUUUUAAAUGGGCAGUGGGAUUUAUGCCCCAAUCGUCCACAAUUUGUACAAAGCAAAGUGGAUGCCUCUUCUAGAAUUUGCUGCUUACGGGUCUCCAAAAAGAGGUGGCGCAGCAGGAGUUUUUCUAGCGGCAUUUGUAUACAAAGAGGAGCGUAUCAACCUCGAGACGUAGUAGAUGUGCACGUAUCUAUCUUUAACAGGAAAAUGACUACAGACAGUCAAGUGCAUGAUACUGCAACGACUGUGGCAGCAACUAAUAUUGCCACAACGAGUCAAACGAAUGCUCCGCCGGCAAUGACACUAGCAGAGAAACCCAAAAAAUUUGCGGGUAUUAACUUCAAAAGGUGGCAGCAGAAAAUGUUCUUCUACUUUACAACUCUUUGUCUUCAAAGGUUCACAUUUGAAGAAGCUCCAGAGGUGCCCGAGGGAACCUCUGCUCAAGAGCGAUUUGUCAUUGUGGAGGUUUGGAAAAAAUUAGAUUUCCUAAGCAGGAAUUACAUUCUGAAUGGCCUCCAAGAUGAAAUAUAUAAUGUGUAUAGUGGGAUGAAAACGUCAAAGGAGUUGUGGGGGGCGCUAGAAAGAAAGUAUAAGACUGGGGAUGCGGGAACCAAAAAGUUCUUCGUUGCAAGAUUCCUAGAAUUUAAAAUGAUUGACACCAUGUCUUUUGUAUCGUAAAUCUGGGAACUGCAAGUAAUCAUCCAUGAUCUCCUCGCGGAAGGUAUGAUUUUGAGGAAUACCUUAGUUGAAUAUAUUAAAAAUAUUCUUAAUGUUCAAAUGAACUUAAUUGUAAGUUUGAUCGUGAAUAAGACGUUUCAAGUCGUGACAAUUAUUGAGAAGUUACCAUCUAUGUAGAUGGACUUCAAGAACUAUUUGAAACACAAGCGGAAGGAGAUGUCAGUCGAAGAUCUUAUAAUAAGACUGCGCAUUAAAGAAAAUAAUAAAGCCGCGGAAAGAAGGUUGAAAGGAAAUUCUGCAAUAAGUGGAGCAAAUAUUGUAGAAGACUAUCAAAACAACUCCAAAAACGGAAGAAAACUGGACAUGAAAGCAAUCAACCCAAGAAGAAAUUCAAGGGAAAAUGCUUUAGCUGUGGCAAGAUAAGCCAUAAGUAUACUGAUUUUCGUGCCCUAAAGAAAGGGAAGAAGAAAGACCAGACAAAUAUGGCUUAGUCUAAGAAAGAAAUAGAUGAUCUGUGUGCCAUGCUGUCCGAAUGCAACUUGGUGGAAAAUCCUCGAGAAUGGUGGAUGGAUUCUGGUGCCACCCGCCAUGUGUGUGCUAAUAAGGAGUUAUUUGCUGCUUUUGCUCCGGCUUAAGGCGAGGAAAAGAUAUAUAUGGCCAACUCCGUAACUACUAAAGUUAAAGGAACAAGAAAAGCCUGCCUGUAAAUGACAUCAGACAAAGUGUUGACUUUGAACAAUGUCCUGUAUCUACUGGAGUUACGGACGAACUUGAUUUUUGUAUCACUUCUAGACAAAAAUGGAUUCAAAUGUGUAUUUCUUUUUGAAAAAAUUGUACUUAGUAAAGGAGAAAUGUAUGUAGGGAAAGGCUACCUCAUUGAGGGCAAA